CACAAAUAUUUUAAAACUGAUUAUUUCUUAGUUAUUAUUAACGAUAACAACCUUCGACACCCUGUGGUCAUCGGAGGGUUAAAAGUUUAUUGUUUGUUUACAAAAUGUUGCAAUCAAAUCGGGUCCUACAAAAAGAGCAGACUCAACUCUACAUUAUUCAAAAGAAAUUAGAGCGAGUGCUCCCCGUCAUCCAAGAGACAUUAAACUCAUUAAAGGUUGAGGAACUGCAUCUUAAGUCACAAGUGCUAGGAAUGCAGAACACAUCGAAGGAAUCCUCUCCUGGAAUAGAUACUCUUAAUAUAGAUCUGACGGAGCAAAACCAAGCCACAACUGUAAUGGACUCUCAGCAAAUCAAUAGCCAGCAAAUUGACCUGGGCAUGUUCAACCAACUGAGAAAAUUCGACGAGGAAACUGACUCGGACUAAAAAUUUUUAUUAUGAGUAGCAUCUUGGCCCGUACAUAACCAGACCGUGAACAUUAGGGGACUUAAAUAAUAAAUACAGUACAGUACA